UCUUUCUCGGGCCGAUUUGAUGCUGGGACGGGGAAGCAGUAUAAUAUCGGUCGUGUAUCCGGGGAACAUAUCCAUCUCGGGACUGAUGACAAUGUUCUAUCCAGUUUGGUGAACGAAGAAGGUGCAGCUUUUAACUCGAGAGAAAGGGAGCAUGAGCCGUGCUGCCUCCCUGGAACUCGAACUAGUGUGUUAAAGGCCGUCACGGAGUGGGCAGAUUCGCCCGCCGAGGCAAAGAUUCUGUGGCUGAAUGGGUGGGUUGGGACGGGAAAAUCGACGAUUGCUCGGACGGUGGCUCGCGAUUACCACAAUCAAUCGCGGCUGGCGGCGAGUUACUUCUUUGGUGAUCGUCGGGCUGAUUAUUUUGUGACCACUAUUGCAUUGCAACUGGCGAAUAUGGACCCUGGUCUUAGGCAGAGCAUUGAGGAUUCGUUGAGAAGGCAUCCGCUACUGAGGAGACAGAGCUUGUCGGAACAGUGGAGACGGCUUGUUCUGGAACCUCUUGUGGGGUUUCUGAGAGGAUACGAUGGGAAGCCGAUGCUGCUUGUCGUGGAUGGGUUAGAUUUAUGUCAGGAGGAAAACGACAUUGGGUUAAUUGUGAAGCUUCUGUUUGAGGCUUGUGACGCUUGCGGAGAUCGAAUGUUGGUCUUUUUGUCGACUAGACCAGAGGCCUCAAUUCGUGAUGAAAUCGCAUGCAUUGAACAUCGAGAAGUGAUGUUGCAAAGAGAAGAUGCUAGCACGGACAUUUCACUCUUCCUGUCUGACGAGUUGAGUAGAAUCGCGGUGAAGGUUGGGACUGAGACUGGAUGGCCUGGGAAGGAGACCAUCGCCAAUCUUGUCACCAAAUCAGAUGGAAUCUUCGCCUGGGCGGCAACUGUUUGUCAAUACAUUCGAGAUGGACGGAACAAAACCACUACAAUCAGUCGACUCCAUGGCGUUCUGCAGCAUCGUAUCACAAACACGAGUCCGCAAGGCAAGCUCGACCAGAUCUACACCGAGACUUUGAAUCGGACUGUCAGGAGCACAUGGGAUACGUGUGAAGUUGAUGAGUACUGCCACUCUCUCAGAGAGACUCUUGGUUUUAUCCUCAUCUUACAAUCACCCCUGUCAGUGGACGGUUUGAACCCCCUACUGGGCAGAGAUGACGCCGGCUCUAUCCUGGGCGAUUUGCAUUCCAUCCUGGAGGCACCUGCACACCCGGAUAAAAGCAUACGACUCCAUCAUUAUUCGUUCUGUGAUUUCAUGCUGAGCGAAGAGAGGUGUCCCGCCAGAUUCUAUCUGGGGAACCAAAUGCAGCAGCAUCGACAGAUAGCCGAAAGAUGCCUCGAUAUCAUGGCCGAGAGGCCGGAAUGGAAUGAUGAUUCGAAUGGGUCUCAAAGCCUGACGGUGAAGAUGGAAACACCGGAGUUGCAACAGUCGAGUAUCUCAGCCUUUCACUAUGCGUGUUGCUAUUGGGUCCAUCACGCUCAACGUGGUAAGAUAGACCUCACGACGGGGAGUCGAGUGAAUCUGUUUGUUCAAAAGUACAUGCAGAAGUGG